GUACAACCGACGAACCGUCGACUGUGUAAAAAAAAAACCGACUCAAAUUGCAUCUCGACUGUACAUUGGUCCCGCUCAUCAGGAGAACAUGGAGGUACCGUCCUGCCAGUGCAGAUCCAGUUAUGAUGACUGCAAAAAGACUGCCGACUGGCUGCUGGUCCGAACCAAGCAGCGGCCCAGGGUAGCCAUCAUUUGUGGCUCGGGACUGGGUGCCCUGGCUGACUUGAUAGAUGACAAAAUAGUUUUCCCUUAUCAGGACAUCCCAGGUUUCCCUACUAGCACUGUGGCAGGCCAUGCUGGUCAACUGGUUUUUGGGAAGCUGCAGGACCGAGAGUGUGUCUGCAUGCAGGGCCGAUUCCACUACUACGAAGGCUACAGCAUAGACACUGUGACGUAUCCUGUGCGAGUCUUCUUCCUGUUGGGUGUGGAGACUCUGAUUGUGACAAAUGCAGCAGGCGGACUCAAUGGCAGUUACAAUGUGGGGGAUAUUAUGGUCAUUAAGGAUCAUAUUAACCUGCCGGGUUUUUGUGGACAGAGCCCACUGGUUGGGCACAAUGAUGACAGGUUUGGAGUUCGUUUCCCUUGCAUGUCAGAUGCCUAUGACCGGAACCUGAGGACUUUGGCUAUACAGACAGCACAUGAACAGAACUGUGGUGGCUUCCUGCAGGAAGGGGUUUACUGUAUGGUGGCUGGACCAACAUUUGAAACCAUCGCAGAGUGCAACAUCCUCCAGAAGUUUGGGGUGGAUGCCGUCGGUAUGAGCACUGUCCCUGAGGUGGUGGCGGCUCGUCAAUGUGGCUUGCGCGUCUUGGGUCUCUCGCUGAUCACCAACAAGGCAGUGACAGAUUAUGACAGUAAUGAGAAAGCAAACCAUGAAGAGGUGCUAGCGACCACCGGCCUCCGCGCACGUGACCUCCAGAGGCUUGUCAGACACCUUGUCACAAAGAUCUAGCGCCUUCAGUCCAAAUCUGUGGGAAACAAAAGAGUUUCCAUCCUUCAGCAAUAGUAUUGAGAUAAUCAGUAGCAGAAGCAAUAAUUUAGAUCCAAUAUCAAUAAAUACAAGGAAAUACAAGCCUCGUGCAUCUUUAAAAUGAAGGGUGUUGGUUGAAUAUGUUUAAUAAGUAAAUAUUAUCCUACAUAUAAUAAAUACCUUGUAAAGUACUAAAUGAUUUCCGGGCGUUGUCUCUGAUGAACAACUACAAAUUAGCAGUGAGCUCGUACCCCUCGAUGACUUAUAAUUUGAUGAUGAUGAUGACAUUUCAGUGUCAACACGCAUAUAAUUUAACAGGAUUAAUUAAUUUCAUUGUGUUUAAUCAUGUUGACGCUCAUCAAUUAUUUCAUCUUUGGUGUUCCUCUUGAAUACUUGACGAGACAAAAGAACAAAUUAAAGGGUUUUGUUUGAAAUGUAUCUAAUUAAAUCACGAGGAAAACAAGCCUUUUGUUUGCGCUGUGCUUUGAGUCGGUGUCAUUCUAAUGUGUUUGAUUACUGAAAACUGCAAAUAAGAGAGAAUGUUGAAUCAGUGAAUCACGAGGAGCACCUCACUCAUGCUUCUUUGUUGUGGUGGUUUGCGAUAGUCACUGUUGAUUUUCAAUGAAUGUAUAUUUUAGCUACAGAGCAAAAUAGUUCUAUUUCCGAGUGUUUACUUUUAAAAUUCAAUUGUUGAUU